UACGUACUUUUGAUAUAGUCCUACCUGUAUAGUAUUCGAGUUUCUGGCGGUUUUAGUAGUUAUAUGUGUAAAAUUUACUUGUAUGUUGUCUACAGUUUAUUUGAUUGUGCCAGUUUAUGUUGUUACAUGAGAUAACAGAUAGACUUAAGCGAUAAACUGUUUUUUAGUGAUUGUAUCAUCAUGAAGUACUUGAACAGCCAAUAGUAAUAGAUGGUCAGUCAACCCCACGCUGUUUUUAGUGAUUCCUGCUAGUAGCUAGUACAUAUGCCAUGAAGACUUUUGUAUUAUCACAGAAGUUUUUGUGUGUAUGUCAAGCUCUUUUUUAUGCAGUUUGUCAGAGGUAGCCAAGAAGUAGAAACUAUAACAUGGCCCAAGUUGCUAGAAAAAGAGAAAGCAAUGGGUCUUCAAUUGGAAAUGGUCUUACUUCAGAAGUUUUGCGAGCACGUACAAUUGAGUAUUAUAACAAUUGUGUACCCCAGUCUCAUCGUCGUGGCAUGCAAGAAGGUACUUUAUAUAAAAGUGGAAGUAUGACUCGCUUAAAUGGUAUAGUGAAUGGAAUGAACAUGCCACCUUCUUUUGGAUCACCUGCCAUUAGACUACCUUCUAGUGGCCACCCUGCCCCACAAAGUGUUGAAAGACCUCUUCCCCCUCCUUAUCCACGUAAUGACCGUCCACACAGAACACACAGUGAGCGUACAAAUCGAGCUUCAGGAGAACAUGUUUCAGGAGUUACAAGUCAUAUGGCUUCUGCUAGUCGUGUUGGAAUAUAUCGCAGUAAUAGUAGUUUAGACCUUGAACAUAUUGAGGAAAAUAUAGACAGUAGAACAGGUGUUCUUCGUCGGGAUUAUGGGAGUGCAUCUUCUCUUGAUGUGAUAAGUACAACUGGAGAAACUCAAAGCUUUUUUGCCAUGCUCAAGGAGUACAAGGCUGAUCAUAUUGAUCAACGUAGUCCAGGACCUGCCAAAAUUCAUGAGUAUUUGAGAGGUAAAGUUGACCCAGCACCAGCUACACAGAAUGCAUCCAAUGCUUUAGCUAAUGGACCAGAAAGCUUAGAAGAUUCUCAAAGCCCCAGAUUAAAAACUAAAUUACACAAAUUUUGGGAGGUUAAAGACAAGAAAACUGAAAAAAAAAAGUUGCUUGGUAGUGAGCCCUCUCUUUUUAAAAAGUUGCGAGGCAAAUCUGAAAUUGCUGCUGAAUUUAACAGUAAAGGUUCAGAUAACUCUCUAGAUGCAGAAAGUAGAUUUGAGGAUAAGCUACGAAAAAAAGCUUUGGCUCACUAUGACUGUCAAAGCAUCACUGCUAAUUUAAGUUAUGCAUCAUGUUUGAGAAACUUGUUAAACAAAAGAAGAAAUACAACCACAGGUGCUUCAGCAGCUUCUUUGGUUAGUAGAGCUCCAAAUGAUGGUACUGAAGGUGUGGCUGUUGAUGAGCCAGAUCCUGGUGAUGAUAAAAGCAAUAAUUUGGUUCUCAGUUGCCCUUUUUUUCGUAAUGAAUUAGGAGGAGAAGAAGAAAGACUUGUCAGCCUUAACAGAAUAACUUCAACAAAACAAAAGCAGCAAGAAUCAGUAGGGAAAACAUUACCAACACUACACCGACCUCGCAUAGCAUGUGGACUUUCUGUAUUGGAAAAUGCUAGUGCCCACAGAGGAAAACAGCCUACAUGUCCAUAUCAGCGAUCACAUUUACAGUUAGAUGGCAGAGAUUUAGGAGCAAUGUAUUACAGAAAUUUCUUUCAUAAUCAAGACCAUCAGAAUUGGAUAGGUGUGGAUGAAACUCUGGGACCAGUUGCAAUUAGCAUAAAGAGAGAGAGAGUUGAAGACACAGGACUCGCUUAUGGGUCGGGCAGUAGCUCAUCAUUUCAGGCAAUGUACCAAUAUAGGUUGAUUGUGAGGACAAGUGAGUUGGUGGUGCUACGAGGAACUGUAUUAGAAGAAGCCAUUCCUUCACUUGGGCGGUCCAACCCAGUUAAAGGGUCUUUUGCCCGAGAAGUGUUUGAAUACGUAGCACCUGAGUUACAAGUGUCUUGUUUGAGGCUUGCUAUACCAGGACAACAGACUGAAGAACUGCUUCUAAAGUUAGACGAACAAGGAGUAACCAAAAGGUAUAAAGUUGGAGUGAUGUACUGUAAAGCUGGACAAUCUACAGAAGAGGACAUGUACAAUAAUGAACUUUCUGGACCAGCACUAGAAGAAUUCUUGGAGCUGAUUGGUCAGCGUGUAAGGUUAAAAGGCUUUGAAAAGUAUCGAGCAGGGCUGGAUAAUAAAAUGGACACUACAGGCCUCUACUCUGUGUACUCCAGACUGGAAGAUUGUGAAAUAAUGUUCCAUGUAUCAACAAUGUUACCUUAUACCCCAAAUAACAGACAACAGUUACUACGAAAAAGACACAUUGGGAACGAUAUUGUGACUAUUGUUUUCCAAGAACCUGAUGCCUUACAUUUUACACCAAAGAACAUACGUUCCCACUUUCAACAUGUCUUCAUUGUUAUUCGGGCAAUAAAUCCAUGUACUGAAAACACACUGUACAGUGUGGCUGUCAGUCGGUCUAAAGACGUUCCUGUUUUUGGACCUCCCAUACCAGAAGGAGGAACCUAUCCUAAGUCGAAAGCAUUUGCUGAUUUCUUGCUUGCAAAAGUGAUAAAUGCUGAAAAUGCUGCCCACCGUUCAGAGAAAUUUGCCACAAUGGCACAAAGAACAAGGCAUGAAUACCUGAAAGAUUUAGCAGCCAAUUAUAUCACAACCACAACUGUUGAUUCAGGACCAAAAUUUUCUAUUUUGUCAUUUGGUGGAAAGAAGAAGGAGCGUAUUCGAUUAAGAUUCAUUCCUGAUAGUUAUAUUCAAGGUGCAAUAUCAUGGCAUGUUCAGGUUGAAGAUCAUGGACAAUCUCGAAUGAUAGAUGACUGUCUUCUUGGCAUUUCUAUUGAUACAAUAGUUCUUAUUGAAGAAAAUAGUAGGGAAGUCAUAUUUACGUGUCCGUGUAGUUCUGUGAUUGGCUGGUCUUCACAUACCAGCAGUUUGAAAAUUUUUUAUCAUCAAGGUGAAUGUUUAGUUUUAAGCACCAAAGACCCUGAUGUAGAUGAAAUUCAAGAGAUAGUGAGUCGACUGGCUUGUGUGACCCAAGGAUGUGAGACACAGGAACUGAUUCUCCGUCGAAACAGUCUUGGACAGUUAGGAUUCCAUGUACAGUAUGAAGGAAUUGUGACUGAUGUUGAGAGCUAUGGAUUUGCUUGGCAAGCUGGAUUAAGACAAGGUAGUCGACUUGUAGAGAUAUGCAAAGUUGCAGUAGCCACAUUAAGUUAUGAUCAAAUGGUGGAUCUCUUAAAAACAUCUAUGACAGUCUCUGUGACAGUUAUUCCUCCAUUACCAGAUCGAACUCCUCGCAGGGGUUGUGGGCUACAAAACUGUAGUUAUUUAUUAGCACAGACUGGUGGGGAUUAUGAAAAUAUUGGAAACUCUGAGCGGGACAAAGCUGUUUACAUCAAAACCAAAUCAACACCAUACCAACAGGUUCCAGCUGUUUCUCAGAGUAAAACUGCAUGCACAAGUAGAAGUGAUGACUCGCAACUAUCCACUAAUUUGUCUGGGCAUUCUUCCUCAAGUCGACCUGGUGCAGGAACAUCAAGAAAUGAAACUACCAGGAAGAAUGAGGGGAGUGGGAACCACAAUGAAAAGAAUUCCAGCAGAGACACUUGUAUUGAACAUCAGACACAAACAGUAAAUGGUAAUAGAGAAUCUCCUCCUCCUCCUCCUGUUCCUGUGCGUUUCCAGUCCACAGCUAGCUUUGCUUUUCACCAAGUAGCAUCCAGUCCGCUUUUAUCAUUUCCUGUACCGCCUCGCACCCCACCACGACAUCACACCAGUUCCACCUCUCAUGGCCAUCACAGUUCUAGUCACGGGACACAUUGUCAUCCAGCUGCCUUAGCUCAUGAUCAUGGAGACUUAGAAAGCUCCCUUACACAUGUUGGAGACAUGGUUGUUUCCAGAAGUGAGCUCUCUUUGUCCCAGCUUGGGAUUUCUCAGACUCAACUACAUCAUCUUCCCUUAUCCACAGCUUUAGUCUGUUCCUCAGCCAACUCUUCUUCAAUGAAGUCCACUGUUGUGGAAUUAAAGGAAUCUCCAACUAUAUCUAGAGAAGUGAGGCUUAGAAAGACUCAGAAAGUAUCUCCACACCAAAUUGGUUCCGAUUACCAGUCAGACAGUUCAAAUGAGUGGUUGCAAGGAGCAAGCAGUGCUGAAGAAUUGGCCUGCAACAGUGUCCGGAGCACACCACCUAAAAGUAUUCCACACUUCAGAGCAGACUUGAGCACAGAUUGUAGUAGUAGUAGUAGUAAUAGCAGCAUUUCACGGAGUCCUCACUUAACGGGAAGAACAUUCUCAGAACCAGCUCAUAUCAAGCUGAGUCGUUUGCGACCUGGAGUCACAUCAGGUGCCAUUCGAAGUGGCAAAUCAGGGGGUCCAGGAAGUAGUGGAAGUAGCACGGCAAGCAGCAGUACAUUGCAAGAAGACUUGCUAAAGCUUAUCAGUCCAGAAUUUUUGGACAGUGACAGUAACAGUGAGGCUGCAUCUUCUCGUCCAGACUCUGUGCCUUCAGAGAGUGGUUCCCAUACUCAGCUGUCCACACCCUACUCAUCUUUAGAACGAAGUAGUGGAAGUGGCCAGAAGAAUAGUAUUGGAAGAAGUAGUGGAAAAGCAGAUCAUCAGAAUCAUGUAAUUGUAACCAAAGCCCAACCAGCCCAGGUGAUCUCAUCUGAACCAUAUUCUCUGUCAUCCCAUCCAGAAAUCAAAAUGUCAAAAGAAGAAAGACUCUCUCCAAGGGUUAUGUCAGACAGGGUUCCUGGUAAGUUAAAACCUCUUCCAUCUUCUGCCCUUCAAUCAAUCAUGCCCCUCCCAGAAACUGGAGAUAUUGAUUGGCCCAGCUUAGUAGAUACUGCUACUAAAGCUAUAGAAGGUAAAUUCCUAUUUUAGUUUGAAACUUUAUGAAGAUAGUUUUUGUGAUUAAAAAGAUGUGCAGCAAUGCUCUUCAUUUUCUGAUAUUAAUUUUGGAAAAUGAGAGUAAGUAAUUGAAUAAAACAUAAAUUAGACUAAAUCUUGUUAUUUACAUACAUGUCAGUAGUAGUAAUAUUUGUCUACUUAGAAUCUGUGUUCAGAAUGGAAAUGCUUAUUUUUACAAGAAAACUUUCUUUUAACCAAAUGAACUUGUACAGAUGAGUUAGGUUCUUCUACUCCUCAGAAUAAAUAGCAUAGGUUUACAUGUCAGUCAAAAUGUUAUCUUCUUUUUAAUAUUUCACCAGACAUCAUGCCUUCAGGAAUUUUAUCACUAAGCCCACUAGUUCUUAGUAUAUAGGGAUGGCCUAGAAAAAAAAUUGGCUGCUGCAUAUUAUCUGUUGCUGAUCGUGGUCUCAAAUCUCUCUUACAAUCUAAGAGACUUUUAUAAGCACCUAACUUAGGUGUUCAAAGGUUAUUAACUCUUUCAGCAUGGGCUCGGUCCCUGGGACUGACCUCGUAACCAUUUUGUGCUUGUUAGUUUUUCAUGCUAUAAA